AUGUGCCCUGAGCAGGGUUCCGGCCCUGGCACCUGGGAAGGACGCAGCAAGACCCGCUUCUUCCGCGAGGGAAGACGGGUCCCUCGGCAGCAGCUCCAGGGCGUCCCGCCCGUGAAGACAGUCACGAGGUGCAGUGCUGCCCUACAAGAGCAACCGUUGUUCGCUGGUCCGGCAGCAAACCCGGCUCCUUGCGCCCCGAGUCCCAGGCUGAAUCGAGUCCCGGCCGCAGGAGGCGGGGCUAAGCCAGCAGGACCCAGGCGCCUGCGCCCGGCCAUGGAGGGGGAGCUCGACUUAGGGGCGGGCAAGAGGCUCUGCCUAGAGGCGCUGGCUGCGGGCGGGCGCCUGGCCGGUAGGACGCAAGUUGCAGAGCGGCAGGGCAGAAAACCGACCCCCAGACUAAAUGACGGGGAAAACCCGCCGGAACCGGAGAAUAUAAGAACUUGGAGUGGAAAUGUAUUGGAUUAUUUUCUGAACACUAACCAGAUUAAAACCAGAGAUGGAGCAGAAAUUAUCUGGUAUCAUGCAGCAAACAAUAAAUCACAAAUGAAAGAGGCAAUACAAAGUGCUGCUCAUAUGGUAGAAGCAGAUAUUCUUCUUUGUGGUGAGGAAGAAGGAAAUGGUGAACCAAUCAUGGCUCAUCCUCCUGAAACAAACAGUGACAACACAUUGCAGGCGUGGCUAAAUGAGAUUGUGAACACUAAAAAAGGCAUCAAGCUGGAUUUUAAGAGUCUAGCAGCGGUGAAGCCCUCUAUGAUGCUUCUUGAAGGCAUAAAGUUGCAUCUGAGGCGACCUGUCUGGAUUAAUGCAGACAUUCUCCCUGGACCUAAUGGAAGUAACACUGUCAUGGAUGCAAAAAGAUUUCUAGACACUGUAACUUCAUUCUGCCCGGAUGUGACCUUAUCGUUGGGCUGGACAACUGGGUGGCAGCCUCAACAAUGCAAUAAAGGAUACAGUUGGGCAAUGGUGAAAGAGAUGGCUCACAUAUGUGACGCACUUACUCAGCCUGUAACAUUCCCUGUUAGAGCAGCUUUGGUACGACAGUCAACAUCUGAGUUGCUUUGGUUAUUACAGAAGUCAAACAGGUACAGCCUGACUGUUUGGACAGGAAGGCAUGAUGAGUACUCCAUAGAAGACCUGCUCUACCUCAGAGAGAACUUUGAUAAAAGUAGGGUUUAUUAUGAUAUUUUGGAACCACAAAACUCUGAAUUCAGAAAGGCCAUAGGAAUAGAAGUAUGAAUAUAAAGGAAAUAGACACUGACACUAUAAAUAGUAAAUGAAACUAUGAAUUCACACUACUGUGGCUCUUUUGGGUAAUAUUGAUUGCUAAUUUGGCUCAUGAACAACUGAGGUCUGAGUAUCGCUGGUAUAGGUAUACAUGGCCCUCACUCAGUUCAGAGGACUGGACUAGAUGCACUCUCAAGGUUCCUUCCUGAUCUACAUUUCUGUGAUUUCUUCUACACACUCAUCUCCACUAGUUUCCUGUGAAGCAGUGGGUUUAUUUUAAGGGCUCAUCUACACAAAUGUACACCAUAAUAACUAAAUCUAUUGUAAUUUACUUCUUUUGUUAUUUCAGUGCAAGUCUGCAUGUGGACACUCUUAUUUUGGAAUAAGAGCAUUGAAAUAGGACACUUAUUCCUAUGUUCACAUGUUACCCCAAAAUUUGGACCCGAGGCACCCAAUAAUGGCCUGCCUAUAACUGUAAACAAAUUGUCAAUUUAGCCUGUCUUAAUGGGUAACAGGAGGUGGCCUGCCCUAGAGGAAUUGCCCAGGUUUUACCAGGGAGUUUGUCUCUGCCCCUCAGAGGUCUGCCCAGGACAGAUUAGUUCUGUCAAACCGUGAGAGGACCCGGAUACAGGCUUCCGCUCAAAGGAUUGACGCUAAAGCAGUAAUUCUUCAAAAACAAAGUAACAUUUAUUUAAAGGAAAUAUUCAGUUACAAUACAUUUAAUAAUCAAGAAAGAAUGCAUUGUGAAACAUAACCCAGAGCAUAGUACAGUUGCACUGCAUUUAGAAAUCAUAUAGGGAGGCAACACGACAGACUACAUAAACUAUAUAGCUGAUACAAUGUUGCACAAUACAAUACACAUAGACCCUUUAUGCAUAUGUAUAAAGCCUUAAUGCAGUGCUACAAUAUAAUACCAAACUUAUUACAAUGUAACAUACAGAACCCUUUUACAUAUGUAUAAAACUGCAUUACAAUAUUACACAUUAAAGAACAUUACUAAAUAACAUUCUAUGGGUUCUGAUCAGGCAAUCAUAGAAUGGGUGGGGUAAAAUCCAUUCAGACACAGACAUUCAGUUUUAUUUACAAUCAGUCCCAUGCAUUCCUUAUCAUUAAGAAGGAAUUAUACUUUCUUUCUUUCUAAAAUCCCUCUGCACCGUCUAUGGUCCUUCUGCUCUGUCAAGGAUUUCAGUGAUAUUCAGUCUGCUGCUGCUCCUCUGCUCUCCGUUCUCUGCUGCUGUCUUCUGCUCCGCUCUCCUGCUCACCCACACACCUACCCUGAAGCCUGUCAACUCUCUGCCUUGUAUACUAUUUUUGAUCUUUUCUGAUUGGUUGCUCUUUCUCAAUACUAGUAAUUAGCAUAGUUCCUCUCUAUGGGGUGAUACCUAUUCAGCCAAUCAGCUUUACCUGUCAUUUGAGCCAGACCUGGCUGAGAACCUCCUUCUUACCUGACUGACCCAUCCCUUAAUCUCACCCUGCUGAACUUUAUUUC